AUGAUGGACAGCAGGAUACUGGAUCCACCUCACGCCCAGUUCGGAGGUUCUCUCGGCGGGAUGGUGGGCUUCCCGUACCAUCUAAGCCACCAUCAUGUUUACGAAUUAGCCGGGCAUCAACUUCAAUCUGCGUCCGCGGUUCCUUUCUCAAUAGACGGAUUACUUAAUGGUUCCUGCACGGCUUCAGUGGGUAAUUCCAACCCCCUCUUGUCUUCAGGCUGCGGGAUGAAUGGAGAUAAUCAGCAGUACAAACUGACAGACUCGGGGGACCCAGACAAAGAUAGUCCUGGUUGCAAGAGAAGGAGAACUCGCACAAAUUUCACUGGUUGGCAACUGGAAGAAUUAGAAAAGGCUUUUAAUGAGAGCCACUAUCCCGACGUUUUCAUGAGAGAAGCACUGGCUCUCCGAUUGGACUUGAUAGAAUCGAGGGUUCAGGUAUGGUUCCAAAACCGUCGAGCCAAAUGGAGGAAAAAGGAAAACACAAAGAAGGGUCCGGGUCGACCUGCUCAUAACGCCCACCCCACCACCUGCAGCGGGGAGCCCAUGGACCCGGAGGAGAUCGCCCGGAGAGAGUUGGACCGUCUGGAAAAGAAGAAGCGCAAACAGGAGCGACGGCUGCUUAAGUCCCAGAACAAACUGGUUUCUGGGGAUUUAUUUCACACUCCGGGUUCGGACAGCGACAGCGGGGUUUCGCACGUAACCGACAGUGACCACAACUCGAGUCUGUCUUUUGAGCCUGUGGUAGGGGGGAACCAAACGCAACCCAGCUGCGACCAAACAACACCUCAUCACCCUCUGCAGACGCAAAACCACAACCAAAGACACUUGGACCGGGACGCUGGUGGAUCCGAGCUGGACUCGCCAGAAGCCAGCCACCGGUCAAGCCUGUGCUCCAGUAACGACAGAGCAUCCAGCCUGCAGAAACUGAACCCUUUCAGCGUCGAGAGCCUUCUUUCGGACUCCAGACCCAGACGCAACCCCGCGGCCUUACCCUCUUCACGGCCUUUAAUAGGGAAAGGACACUUCCUACUCUAUCCAAUUACGCAGCCGCUUGGAUUCAUUGUUCCUCAAACUGCUCUGAAGGCAACAACAACAACAACAACAGCAGCAAACUGUGACAGUGGCCCGUCGGAGAGAAACCGCUGCAGCAUCUCUGCAAGCUCUGCAGGAUGUAGGACCAACCCCACGGACUGUGCAGACGCGUCCACGCAAAGAGGACAAACCGGAUCAGAGGACAACAAACCCAAUCCGGUGCGCACCAACCAACCGUCCUUUCCAAGUGGCAAAAGUACUCAAACCUCUGUUAUUUGCAGCGAUUCCACUUCUUCUACUUCCACUUCUACUUUUACCCACGAACACAGUCCCACUGUCACUUCCACACCUGUCGAUGCAGACAGAAAAGAGCAUUUAGACAACAAGGACCAUCCCGAAAAACCUGUAUUAUGUGACAGUCCUGCAGAAACAAAGACAGACUUUAAAGAUGUCGACAUGGAAUAA